AUGGCAACUCUUUAUGAGGCCUGCAUCGUCGAGGGCGAAUUCAUUCAGCGGGCUCGCGACCACAGCCAAGCGCUCAGAGAGGCUGUUGUUUCCAUCAUCCAAGCAAAGAGCCCCAAUCAACCAGGGUGCGAAGCAGGAUGGGAGAACUGCUUCGGUUGGAUAAUGCAAGGGCUCGGGAGGUUGAAGGAACAAGGAUACCUCAGUCAAGAAAACUACGACAAGUUCCUCGCGUAUUGGAAUACGCACAAGGAAUGCGUCAAAGCCUCAACUGACGGGAAUAGCAUCACAUUAUGCGGCCUCGAUCCAAACACGACCCCAGGAUCAGAUCUAACCCUCCGAGGACUCAAGAAUGCCUCUGCGUGUGUAAAGCAGAAGAAGAAGCUAGCUGUUGCCAAGAAGGGCACCCAACCCACCGGUAAAGGAGGCCCUGGAAAGGCCCCGACGAAAGGACCCGCCCAGCGCCGUCCAAAAGCACACACACAGGCAAAGAAGGCACAGCCAGCACGAUCUUCAAAGGCUCCGAACGGGAAGAAGGCUAAGUGA